GUGAGGUUCCAAGGUUCCAGCUAAUUUAGUAGCAGUUCAUGUAUUGUACAAUACAUACGUACGUUGCCUGUCCUAAACUUCCGAAUCCUAUUAACUAGUUAUUUGAACUUCCAAGCUUCACAAUGCCACAUCAGUGAAAACACGUUUAUUUCUAGCCGCCACCAUAUGAAACGCCCAUAACACCACCGCAACCCUCUUACCUCUCAAACCGCUUUUCUUUGUCGUCAUUCAUAUUUUUCUCUCCUUCCUACCUAUCACUCAUUAAAAGAAUCGAAUAACCCCCCAACCAUCACGAAUCCCGCGAUACUUCGAUAUACUGGCACGCUAAACACGCAAAACAUGUCGCAAUACUACGGCGCGCCCCCUCCGAAUCAGUUCGUAGGAGGUAGUGCAUCAGCUGCGCAGAACCUCCAAUUCUAUCCUUCUACAUAUUCGCCCGGCGUCCCUAGCCAACCAGCCCCGGCGCAACCAUAUGGAUAUGGCGCGCCUACGCCAGGCUCGGCUGGGUUUGGCGGGUUUGGCGGCGCACCGGGCGUGAGCGGGAGGAUGGGCGAACAAGGCGGUCUACGGACGGGCUGGCUAGCUGCAUUCUCGACAGAAGGUUAUGAUGGAGAGCCGCCUUUAUUAGAAGAGCUAGGGGUCAACUUUGGCCAUAUCCAAAUGAAGACCUUGGCAGUACUCAACCCCUUUGUACGUAUAGAUCAACACAUCAUGGACGACUCGGAUCUUGGAGGCCCGAUCCUCUUCUUUCUCCUAUUCGGCACCUUCCUACUCUUCAGCGGCAAAGUGCACUUCGGAUACAUCUACGGACUCGCACUUAUAGGGUCCGUUGCCUUACACACGAUUCUAUCUCUGAUGUCCCCCGAGGGCCCUGAAUCUCCGACACCCGCCCACGCCUCCCCCGCGUAUGCUUCCGGCUCAGGGUACCCUGGCGACCCCAGCGCAGGUGGUACUGACAAGGGGCACCUAAGCAGCACUUUAACACUCGCAAGGAGCGCCAGUGUGCUCGGAUACUGCCUCCUCCCGCUGGUGGUGACGAGCUUGGUAGGCAUCGUGAUGCCGAUGGAUGGACCUCUGGGCUAUCUCUUGACCAUCGGGGCGAUUGUCUGGUGCACGACGAGUGCAAGUGGCAUGUUCUGCGCCGUGGGCCGGAUGAGACAGAUGAGAGCUCUGGUAGCCUACCCUCUGAUGCUAUUCUACGUCGGCUUCGGCAUCAUGAGCAUCUUCAGCAGUCGAGGUUCCGGCAGCCUGGGCAAGGCGGCAGGUGUAUCAUGAAGUGGCAAUGGAUAAGUCGCGAUACUAUAUCACUUAACUAUCCUACCAUCGUAGCCAACAAGAAUGAGUGGGAAAAAAAGGCAAAUGGGGGCCAUUCAGGUCAAGGCCAUAAUCGACUUCAGCAGGACAUUUACACGGACCAAUAUGGCGAGCCAAUGAAUUCGUAGGGGCCGGGUUUGCCUAGGUAUCGAGGUA